AUGAGCUCCUGGAUGAACGACGCCGCCGUCCAAAAUCACAAUGGCGCAGGCUUCAACCAUCUUGACUCGAAUCCCGGCGGGGCCAUGCUUGACCCAUCCAACUUUAUGAACAACCCUACCUCCUUCGAUCCUGCCCACUUCCAAAACCAGCAGCUCCAACAACGAAUGCAAAAUGGCGCUAUGCGCAAUGGCUCUCCGUCCUUCAACAACCCGGUGUAUCAGACGAACCCCGUGAUACCCUCUAAGAGACCGCGACCACGAGAAGACAGUCUUGGUGGAUCACCCCGUCAAGCGCCCAAUAUGCUUCCCAAUUCGCGCUCUCAAACUCCCCUGCAAAAUCAGUACCCUGGAUUUCCAGCGAAUAAUGCGCCCCAACAACAACAGCAACAACACGCGACUCAACAGGCACCUUACCCCCAUUUGCAGAAUGGCUCAUCUAAUGCUAGCCCAUCCCCAAUAAUGGGCAAUCAGUUACGUCCUGGCGGCGUACCGCAACGAGUCUCGACCGCUUCACCACACCCAUUUUCCCCAGCCGCCCAACAAUUUUCUCAGGCUUCACCAUCCCAGUCAGACCAUGGCAGUCGAGUUGACACGCCGCAAAGUAGUAAUCCUUACACGCAGAAUCCAGCCUUUGCGCAAGGUUUCAAUCAGAAUUUCACACCCCCUCCUGGACGGACAUCUGCUCCUCCUCAAAACGCCAUGUCUACACCACAGUCCCAUAUGCAGCAGAGUCAAUUAUAUGCCCAACAACAAGCUCAGCAGCAAGCCCAACAGCAAGCUCGACAGCAACAGCAAGGCACACCACAAAGCAUGGAUCAACAGAAACUGCUUUACCAAAUGCGGAUGCAGCAACAAAUGCAGCAGCAGAAUCUGAUGGCAGGCCAGCGGGCAAACAUGCCCCUCAAUGUAAAUCCGAUGGCAAAGCAGAUGCCUGGUCAGAAUGGACAAUUCACUGGCAUACGGGCUCAGCAGCAAGCCGCGCAAUCUCGAGGCAACUUGAAUCCGGAAAAUUUCUUGAAAAGUUUGCAAUCUUUCAUGCAGCAAAGGAAUCUACCUUUAGAUAUGAAUCCUGCUGUGGGCGAUAAAUCGGUCGCAUUAAUGACGCUGUACAUGACUGUGAUGAGGUAUGGUGGAUAUAAGAAAGUUAGUGCGCAAAACGGAUGGAAUCAAGUUGCCCAAGCGCUCCAUUUUCCUCCAAUACAAAACCCAACCGCGGCGGCUCAGCUCAAAGGACAUUAUGAGAGGAACCUACUUAUGUUCGAGGAGGCUUGGCAAUUGAACCAACAGCGACAGCGCGCAGCCAUGAUGCAGCAGAACCCCAAUGCUGGAGGGCAAGUAUCUCCGACGAAGCAGAUAAAUCCCCAAGCUUCUAUGCAGCAAUCGCAGCAAUUCAUGCAACAACAGGCACUCAUGGGCCAGCAACAUCAUCUUCAGCAACAGCAAAUGCAGUCAACCCCUGUGAAACAGAUGCAUUCGCAGCAGCAAUCUGUGAAUGGAUUCUCUACACCCCAACAACCUCCUGGACAGCCUCAUAUCAUGGGUUCGCAAGGACACGCACGAAAUAGCCUGUCGAGAACUAUUGAGGCUACUACUCCGCAAAAUGGGUCUUCUUUCACGAUGCCAUCUCCCGUGUCUGCUUCGAAACCGGGAAGCCUAUCUCUACAAUCACCACAGGUAGCUAGCAGCGCUCGUGCUGACGACCCUGUCCAUACAGAGUUCAACCUCCCUGACGUGUUGGAUCCCAAGGUUCGGUCGCUGGAUACAUUUGGAGGCGUUCAAGUAGAAUCCUUACUGAGACUUGGCUCAGAAUUGACUCGGUCGAAACCCGACGUUCCGGCCGCCCUUGAACUCGGCCUGAUUGAUAUCGACGCUUUAACUAGAAGUCUACAGUGUGGAAUUCAUGCUGAAGUCCGGUUAGCGUUGGACACCUUAUGUAUACUCGCCGUGGAUAUUCGUCUACAAUUCGAUUUAACCGUUUGCGAAGACCUUGUAGAGACACUUAUUGAUUGUGCCGAAGAUCAAGUCGAACUUCUCGCCGAGAACGCAGCCGAGGUUUCGGACGUCAUGCUUAUUAGCUCUUACGAAGAUGUUGUGCGUGGCAGCCGAUCAGAUCAAGAAAACCUACAAGACGUACCAAAGUUUGGUUCACUUGAGUCUGAACUGAAUCUUGCCGUUGACAAGUUGAUCUGUAUAACGACUAUUAUGCGAAAUCUAUCCUUCCACGACAAAAACCAUGCUCUCUUGGCCGACGAACUCGUUGUCAAAUUCUUGUGUGUCGUUAUUAGGUAUUUGGGCACUCGAAACAUGCUCUUGCGAACGAAUUCCAACACGCUCGAUUUCAUGAAGGAUCUCAUCGUCAUCUUAUCAAAUCUAGCCCAGGCGAUCGAAUUACCUGGUCGAGAACAAGCUCUAUGCCUGCUGCAUUUCCUUCUUGCAUUCGCACCUUGUCCCCCGCCCAAUACUGUGGGAGCUGAUAGUGUCGUAUUUACACCAUACGAUCCUGCGAUUCAUCGAUAUCUGCCUGCGGCUGUGGAUAGUUUGGCCAAGUUACUUGCUCGAGAUGAGCCUAACCGAACAUUUUACAAGACAAUCUUCGCUUCAGAUGCUAACUCUUCCGCUCCGUUUGAUCUCCUUACCAAAACAUUCGCACUCGCCAUUUCGCCACUCCCAGAUGACAAGCAGGGAACAAAACGUGGGCAUCCACUGGUGCCUGUGGCUGAAGCCCGGAAGCCGGUCUUGAUGCAAGGAAUACUAGCUGCGGAAAUUUUGGCGAAUCUUGCACCUGGGUUCGAAACAGGCUUAGCUAAUUCCUGGUUGAGGUCUGAAGAUGGUUUCGCACAGAAACUUUCGCGACUGAUCUUGACUCUAUGUCUUGAAACCGCUCCACAGGUUCCUCAGCAACGGGGGCAAAACCCACCAAAAGGAGUUGAUGAUGCAGAUCUAUUUCACAUUACUCAAGGUGGAAUUGCCGUGUUACGACGUCUGGCGGAAAAAUCUCGAAACCCAGAAGAUCCCAGGUAUACGACACCUUUCGCAGGCCUACCUUCAAAGGAGAGUUUGUUAGCGGCAUUGAAAAUUGUUAAUCCAAGGCUUCAAGGGGUUCUUAAACAAUUGUGUGCAUACGCAGGGUUGGGCACAUAA